AUGACGGAUCCCGUUGUGUUGCAGUCUGCGGUGCGAGUGCCGACUCCGCCCCCAGAUGCCUCGUACUCUCCCCAACCUUCAGCAUCUCGCAAACGCUCACCUCCUUCUCGAUCCCCUUCACCAAACCGUCGCCGCUCGCCACCUGGUGACUCGCACGAUGGUGACCUCGAAGCGCCGCGCAUCGACCCGGAGCGCGCCAUCGAGCGAGAGCGUCAGCUUGCGGAGCGCGUUCGACAGCAUGAGAAACAGGAAGCCGCCGCAAGGAAGCCGAUGACGGAAGAGGAGAAGCAGGCGGCCGCCAAAGCCGAGUAUGAGAAGCUUUUGAGCAUGCGGUCAGGCGGUACCUAUAUCCCCCCGGCUCGACUGCGUGCGCUGCAGGCACAGAUCACCGAUAAGACCAGCAAGGAAUAUCAGCGGAUGGCUUGGGAGGCGUUAAAGAAGUCGAUCAAUGGUUUGAUCAACAAGGUCAACGUUUCCAACAUCAAGCAUAUUGUCCCGGAGCUGUUCGGUGAAAACCUGGUGCGCGGCCGCGGUCUGUUCUGCAGGAGCAUCAUGAAAGCUCAGGCGGCUAGUUUGCCCUUCACGCCCAUCUACGCUGCCAUGGCUGCUAUCGUCAACACAAAGCUGCCGCAGGUCGGAGAGCUCCUGCUCAAUCGGCUGAUUGUACAGUUCCGGAAGGCAUUCAAACGAAAUGACAAGGCUGUCUGCAUAUCAUCUACCACCUUCAUCGCCCAUCUGUGCAACCAGCAGGUUGCCCACGAGAUGCUGGCUGCCCAGAUUCUCCUUCUCUUGCUCCACAAGCCCACGGACGACAGUGUUGAGAUUGCGGUUGGACUCACACGGGAAGUUGGCCAGCACCUGGAAGAGAUGAGCGGACCCAUUGCGCUUGCGGUGUUCGACCAAUUCCGCAACAUUCUUCACGAGGCGGAUAUCGAUAAGCGUGUGCAGUAUAUGAUCGAGGUGCUGUUCCAGGUUCGCAAGGACAGAUACAAGGACAACCCGGCGAUCAAGGAGGAGUUGGACCUGAUCGAGGAAGAAGAUCAGAUUACACACCAGAUUGGUCUUGACGAUGAGAUUGACACUCAGGACGGGCUGAACAUUUUCAAGUACGAUGCGCAAUGGGAGGAGCACGAAGAGGCCUACAAGAAGCUGAAGGCGGACAUCCUAGGAGAAGGCAGCGACGAUGAAGAGGAUGAGGAUGAGGACGAGGAUGAUGACAGCUCAGAUGAAGAGUCGGAAGAAGAGCGGAAGAUGGACAUCAAGGAUCAAACCAACGCAGACCUUGUCAACCUCCGCAGAACGAUUUACCUGACAAUCAUGUCCAGUAUAGAUUUCGAGGAAUGUUGUCACAAGCUGAUGAAGAUCUCCCUACCAACGGGUCUCGAGUCCGAGCUUCCAUCGAUGGUCAUCGAGUGCUGCUCGCAGGAGCGCACCUAUUCCAAAUUCUACGGCUUGAUCGGUGAAAGAUUCGCCAAGAUCAACCGCUUCUGGUCCGACCUCUUUGAAACCUCAUUUGCCAAAUACUACGACACGAUCCACCGAUACGAAACCAACCGACUACGCAACAUCGCCCGCUUCUUCGGUCACAUGAUCAGCACCGAUGCCAUCGGGUGGCAUGUGAUGUCCAUCAUUCACAUGAAUGAAGAAGAAACGACGUCCAGUAGCCGUAUCUUCAUCAAGAUCUUGUUCCAGGACCUGGCGGAGCAUAUGGGCUUGCCCAAGCUUCAAGAACGUAUGCGAGACGAGAUUCUGCGCCCCAGCUUCGAGGGUAUGUUCCCAACGGACAACCCACGCAACACCCGCUUCUCAAUCAACUACUUCACCAGUAUCGGCAUGGGUAUUUUGACGGAAGACAUGCGCGAGCACUUGAAGAACCUCCCCAAGCCCACCAUCCCUGCCUUGCCUCAGCGCGAUGGAGGCGACGAGUCAGACGCGGAUUCCGUCUCGUCGCAUCCCACCAGUUGCUCGACUUGCUCGCCCCGCUCCCGCUCCCGCUCCCGCUCCUACUCCUACUCCCGUUCCCCUUCGCCAGGCCGCCGCCGCAGACGCUCGGUCAGUCGGGGCCGGUCCGUCAGCCGCUCUGUGUCGGGCUCGUCCCGCCGAAGCUACAGCUACACGCCGUCGCGGUCUCGCUCGCCAGUCUCCAAGAACCGUCGACAUUCAGUCUCAUACAGUCGGUCUCGGUCGCGAUCACCUGCGCCCCGUAAACGCUCAUCCGUCUCGCGGAGCCCCCGUCCUCGCCGAGGCCGGGAUCACUCCUACGAUUCACGUUCCCGUUCCCGCUCCCCUCGUCGGAGUCGGUCCAGCCCCCUCUCGCCGAGAUCGCAGUUACAGCCGAUCACCCUCUCGGUCCGUGACCCCGCCCCCUCCUGCGCGUCGCGGCGCGCCCGCAGCCCGUACUGGGACCGACCGGUAUUCCGAAUCCCGAUCGCCUUCUCCUCCCCGCAGGCGGGUUGCCAGGAGCAUCUCGCGGUCUCGGUCUCGGUCUCGCACCAGAUCAGUGUCGGUGACGGCGCGGCGGCCGCCUGCGCCCAUCCGUCGUGGCCGCGAUGCUAGCGCGUCCCGCUCACCGGCACCACCGCGGGCUGGAGGAGGAGGAGGAGGAGGAGGUCGAAGACGGUACUCGGAUUCGAGGUCCCCUUCGCGGUCGCCCGUGCGCCGCCGUGCAUCGCCUUCGCAGACCCCUCCCCGCCGAGGCCGUGACUAGUAGUGUAUACAUCGAUGAGUGAAAGUCUGUGGGUCAAGAAGGGAAAGACUUCAAAAGGCCAUUUUUUUCGCUGCUGUUGUGCUUAUCAUGGGAUGAAUUAGGGCGGAAUGGGUUAAGUUUAUAUCAUAAUGGGGGGCUCAUUAUAGUGUGUAUCUAGUUUGAAGUGAUGAAAAAAGGCAAACAUCCAGCCAGGCCUUAGUCAUGUUUCAAGACUCACUCUAAGAUAUGAUAAAUCAUGGACUUCUUGUAGAGUAUCAACGGACAUC